AGCGCAACCAUUGCCAUUGCCACUCACACUGAUCUCUGUUAUAUACCCCCACUACAACAAGAACAUAGCAGCUUCGUCCUCCUCCGGUCAGGUCAGUGAUCGAUGGCGGGCGGGUGCAAGGCGGCGAUCGGGUGCGUGGACGCGCGGGUGCCGGUGCGCGCCAGCUACGUCAGCCUCUACAAGUGGCCCGAGUCCGACGCCGAGUUCGUCCGCUCCGUGGCCAUGGCGCGGCGCCACCACAAGCAGCCGGAGAGCCUCGCGGCCCCGUGCUACAGCGGCGGCAGCGCCAGCAUGCGCCGGUCCGGCGGGGUCGGGGUCGAAGGGUACGGCGGCGAGAGCCCGAGGGUGGUGGACAGCUACUCGUGCCGGCAGAUGUACCUCCGCAGCUACACCUUCUCCACGAAAAAGGAGACGGUGCCAGAGCGCACCAUGGCGUGCCUCGGCCGCGUCCGGGACCGCGCUGCCGUGUUCCCCAGCUUCCUCCCCAACCGCAGCGGGGGCGGCGGAUCCGACGCCGGAAGCUCCUUCGGCAGCUCGAGUGGCGGUGGUCGGUACUCCGGGAGGGAUCAAGACGGCGGGCGCAGAGGGACUGCUGGUGGCGGGAGCAAGGGGAGAAGGAAGCGGAGGAGGAAGAGUAAGGGGUGCGCGGUGGUGAGGAGGCUGCAGGAGGCGUCGUGCGGCGCGAUGCGGGCCAUAUUCCGCCGCCUGCUCGCGUGCACCACCACCGUCGACGUCGAGGUUGCCGAGCCGCCACCUUAUUCCAGCCGGUGAAUGCCGAUGUGUGCAUCGAUGCAUGCUGGUCGAUCGGUUGAUUUUGGUGAAUUUCCUAGUUAUUAAAUUUAUUUUGCGAUUAAGUAAUUAAUAUAUUUUAAUAAUUAUCCUACCCGAGUUAAACAGUACAGUAGUAGUGCUAGUUGCCACUUGUAGCAAAUUUCCUAGUACGGAGUAGUAUAUACGCAUAUCAUCAGUUUGUAAGUUGUUUGUGCUUGUCCGAUUUUUCAUUUUACCACUUCCAUAUGUACAAAUUAAGUUAUUAGGGGGGUUUGAGCUCCUGAUUUUGUUUAUGCACACAAGUUUGUUUAUGUACACAAGUUUGUU